UAUAUAUGUGUCUAUGUAGUUACGUUUUGUAAGUAGACUUCAAGACUUAUAUGAAAUUAAUUAAGUUCUUCGAUCUUCCAGAUUAAAAAAAAAUAGACUAAUGCUUUCAAUUCGUCCGUUUAGACUGACCGACGUGGAUGAUUUCUUGACAUGGGCCAGCGACGAUAAAGUAACACAAUAUCUUAGAUGGAAGAGCAUCACCAACAAAGAACAAGCUCUCACAUACCUAAAAGAAAUCGUAAUACCACAUCCAUGGCGACGAUCAAUUUGUUGGGACAAUAAAUCCAUUGGAUAUAUCUCGGUGAAGCCAGAACAAGGGACUGAUAGCCACCGAGCUCAUAUAUCAUAUGCAAUAAGUUACGAAUUUUGGGGACGUGGGCUAACAACAGCGGCAGUGAAGAUGGCAAUCCGUAUGGUGUUUCAAGAGUUGCCGAAUUUGGUCAGGAUCGAAGGUUUGGUUGAGAAUGAAAAUGUAGCAUCACAGAAGGUUUUGGAGAAAGCAGGGUUUCAAAAAGAAGGCUAUUUGAGGAAGUAUGGAUUUAAUAAAGGGCAAAUUAGAGAUAUGAUCAUGUAUAGUUUUUUAUCUACAGAUGUAAUAUCUAGUUAAACUUUAUGCUAAACAUGUUUAUCAA